UCGGGCACCGCAGCUUCCUCCGCAGACAGCGGAGCGCGGGGCCCGCCUGGCCGGCCUCUUAAAGGCAGCAAGCGGUUGUCCAGGACUUUCCCUCCACCGGGAAGGGGCUCCGCCCAGGACUUAGGACCCAGCAGGCCCUCCCGCCUCCGCCCCUCCCCGCCUCGUGCGGUCCCGGGGGGGGGGGGGGGGAGCCCGGUCCCGCCCCGCGCUGUCCCGGCUCCGUGGCGGGUCGCUCGCAACAGUCGUGACACCAGCCGGGCGCUCGGCUCCUCCUGCUGGCGCGUCCCGCUCGGCCGGUGACUGUCCCCGCGGGUCAUCGGACCGAGGAGCCCGGGCGUGAGCAGGCCGGGGAUGCCGCGGCUGGACGCAGGGCGCCGAUGACCCGCCGGCUCCGCGACAACAUGCCCUUCCCGCCCGCGCCGGCCCCGGGGGCCCCGGCCGCGCGCCCCCCGCCCCGCAGGCCCAGCGCCCCCCGGAGGGCUGCGGCCCCCGCGCCCGCCCAGCCCGCGCCCUCGCCGCCCGCCGCCGACAGGAGGCGGCCCCCCGACGGCGCGCGGUCCGGCUCCCGGCCCUCCGCCACCCUGAGGAGGCCGCCGCGCGCCCCCGCCUGGCCGGCCCGCUCCGGCCGCAGCCCCGCGAGGGACGCAGCCCCGGGGACGCGGCCCCGCGCCGCCGCCGCCGCGCCCUCGUCGCCCAGCCUGCCCGCCGAGCCCGUCCUGCUCCGCCCGAGGCGCGGCGGGGAGAGGCGGCCGCCCAGCGAGCGGCGCGGGCAGGACGACGCGGAGCGCGAGGGGGCGGCGCGCGCGGCGGACGAGGGCCUGGUCCGCAGGUGCACCGAGUGGCUGCGCGGCGUGGAGGCGGCGGCCGCCGCGCGCGACCUCUCGGGGCCCCUGGACGCGCUGCCGCACCUGAGCGCGCUUCUCUCUGUCUCCCUCCCUGUCACUAGGUGCGAACCGGGUCAGCUAGAGAGCGUUUAAUUCAACAGGAGUGACGUCAGCCCACAGAUGGGUUGCAAAACCAAAGCCCCUCCGCCCCGAAUAGCUCAUCUUUUCUGACUCCUGUUUGAAUGCAUAGAGCUCGAUUGUCUUUUAUUGAAAAUGAAUGUAUCAACACCAGGGAAGCCUGGGUGGCCAUCUGGCUGAGGUGGCACGGGGACGAGUCUGUGUAGACGCUCAAUUGGGGACAGAAUGCUGGCUCUGGAUGCCCGCCAGCAGCCGAGCGGUGAGCGUGAGUCCCGGGCGGGCAGGGCAGUAACUGCUCUCACGAACACUCAGUGUGGAUACGGGGAAUCGGGAGACCCAGGGUUAAAGACGCUUAUUCCUAAAGUAAUCGACUUUCCAAAGCAUCGUUCCACGUCUGCCCCUGUGCGUGAGUGUCCCUUGGCCCGUUGCCGUCACAGCGCAGGGGUCCGUGUGCCCCUGUUCCUUGCCUCCCUCUCCUCACCCUCUUCCUUCUCUGGGACCCUCCCCGCUGCUCUUGCCUGGCCACAGUGCGAUUCUGAGCUCUUUUCCCAGUGGCGUUUGCCCAACAGACAUUUCCGUGCCUUGCUCUUCACUGUCAAAGCAGAUGAGCGAGCGGAACAUCUCUGGUGCUCUGGUUGAUGACCCUCCGAGAGACAAGUUCCACCCGUGACACCGAGGUCUCUUCGUGUUGUUACUGACAUUUUGAGAAAGUUUUCUGAGUCCCUCUGCUGCAAUUUCUUAAUGUUUAAAUAAAAGAGAAAGUCGAUGCUU